AAAGAAUCAAGUGCCUUCUCACUAGGAAGGAAGAUAGAGAGAGAGUGUGUGUGUGUGUGUGUUCAUAUGAAUCUUCAUUCGUUUUUGAAAGAUAUAUAUGAUUAAUUUCUCUUUCAAAAAUUUCUGACCCUUCCUCUUCUCCCCUUAUCUACUCUACUCAUGGUGAGUUCUCAUUUACUGUAGUUUAUGCAUGAAGUAAUUCCUCGCACUGUUCUUAUCACUUGGAUAUAAACCCAAACAUUUGUACGGCCUAUUAAGUCCUUCUUCAAUAUAUGGCCUCCAUGAACAACUGGUUGGGUUUCUCUCUUUGCCCUCAAGAACUCCCAUCACAAUCUGAUCAUCAUCAAGAUCACUCUCAAAACACAACCUCUCGCUUAGGAUUCCACUCGGAUGAAAUCUCUGGUACCGAUGUCUCUGGAGAGUGCUUCGAUCUCACUUCUGCUCCUUCUCUCAACCUCCCUCCCUCUUUUGGUAUUCUUGAAGCUUUCAGAAACAAUCAAUCUCAAGAUUGGAAUAUGAAGGGUUUAGGCAUGAAUCCAGAUACCACAUACAAAACAAACUCAGACCUCUCUGUGCUGAUGGGUACUUCAUGCAGUAGUCAAAGCCUUGAUCAGAAUCAAGAACCCAAGUUGGAAAAUUUCCUUGGCGGCCACUCCUUUGCCAAUCAUGAACACAAGCUUCCUGGUUGUAAUCCUAUGUACAGUACUUCGGGAGACUAUAUGUUGCAAAGUUGUUCUUUGCAACCAAACGAUAGAACAAGCAAUCAUGAAGAUACCAGUAGUAUCAAUACUGGUAGUAAUAAUAGUUCUAUCGGAUUGUCCAUGAUCAAGACAUGGCUUAGGAACCAGCCUGCACCGACACAACAACAAGAGACUAACAAUAAUGGCGGUGGUGCACAAAGUUUGUCUCUUUCUAUGAGUACUGGGUCACAAUCAGGCUCGCCUUUGCCUCUUCUCACAGCAAAUACUGGAGAAAGCAACGUUAACGGUGGAGAUCACAGUUCUUCUUCUGAUAAUAACAAGCAGCAAAAGACAACUGCUCUCGAUAGUCAAACUGGUGCCAUUGAUGCAGUUCCCAGGAAAUCUAUUGAUACUUUCGGCCAAAGGACUUCUAUAUACCGUGGUGUAACCAGACAUAGAUGGACAGGCAGAUAUGAGGCUCAUCUAUGGGAUAAUAGUUGCAGAAGAGAAGGACAAACUCGAAAGGGAAGACAAGUUUAUUUAGGUGGAUAUGAUAAAGAAGAAAAGGCAGCAAGAGCAUAUGAUUUGGCAGCACUGAAAUACUGGGGCACCACUACCACGACAAAUUUCCCAAUUAGCAACUAUGAAAAAGAGAUAGAAGAUAUGAAGCAUAUGACCAGGCAGGAAUACGUUGCUUCUCUUCGAAGGAAGAGUAGUGGGUUUUCUCGGGGUGCAUCCAUAUAUCGAGGUGUUACUAGACACCAUCAACAUGGAAGAUGGCAAGCAAGAAUUGGAAGAGUUGCUGGGAACAAAGACCUUUACUUGGGAACUUUCAGCACCCAAGAAGAAGCGGCUGAAGCCUAUGACAUUGCAGCUAUAAAAUUCCGUGGAUUGAACGCAGUAACCAACUUUGACAUGAGCAGAUAUGAUGUUAAUAGCAUCCUGGAGAGCAGCACAUUGCCAAUAGGCGGAGCAGCCAAGAGGUUGAAAGAUGCAGAGCAAGCAGAAAUGACUAUAGAUUCUCACAGAACAGACAAUGAAAAUAUAAGUUCGCAGCUUACAGAUGGAAUCAGCAGCUAUGGCACAUCACAUUAUCCUUGGCCUACUGUUGCAUUUCAACAACCACAUCAUAAUCAUCAUCAGCCUUUUAGCAUGCACUAUCCAUAUGGGCAAAGGCUUUGGUGCAAGCAAGAACAAGACACUGAACCCAAUAACCAAAGCUUUCAAGAUAUUCAUCAACUUCAAUUGGGAAACAACCACAAUUUCUUUCAGCCUUCAUCUGUUUUGCACAACCUGAUGAACAUGGAUUCUUCUUCAAUGGAACAUAGUUCAGGGUCUAAUUCAGUUAUGUACAGCAGUGGAGGAGGAGAUGGUAACUGUGGAGGCAAUUUAAGCUAUCAGGGAAUGGGAUAUGGAAGCUAUGCAAUCCCAAUGGCAACAGUUAUAGGCAACAGUGAUGGAGACCAAAAUCAAGGGAAUAAUGGUUUUGGUUAUGAAAAUGUGGUGGGGUGGUCAGAUCCUUGCCAUGCUAAAAAUCUGUACUAUCUUGCACAGCAAUCAGCAGCAGGAGGUGUGAUGAAGGGUGGUGCAUAUGAUCAGGGAUCAGCAUGCAACAACUGGGUUCCAACAGCAGUUCCUACACUAGUCCCAAGGUCGAGCAAUGUGGCUGUCUGCCAUGGAGCUUCAACUUUUACAGUGUGGAAAGACACAUAAUAAGUAAGAUAUAGGGGAAGAAAUUAAAGAGAUGGGUAAAGGAAAUGGGAUUGUAUACACAACUGAUUUUCCUAAUUUUGAAGCUCAUUUCAUCCUUUUUAUAUUGGGUAAUGUAUGUAUAAGGAAGAUAAGAUGUAAUGUGGGUGCAGGACAACAUUUAAUUUUGUAAUUGGGUCUAAGGUUGAAGUUCAGCAAUAGCAAUUGAGAGGUUGAAAAUUCUCCAUCGGUUGCUAUGAAUUUUGGGGAACUUCAAAUGGAUAAUUACAUCCUCGGAAUAGUAUUUUGACACUUGAAAGACUCUACUUUUUGCA